UGUCAAAUUCCAAGAGAGAGGAGAGGAGAGGGGAGCCAGAGAGAGGGGCGCAAGGUUACAUUGCAAGCUCUUUGCAAAAAUGGGGGACGACCGACCUUUUGUGUGCAACGCUCCUGGCUGUGGACAGAGGUUUACCAAUGAGGACCACUUGGCUGUACACAAACACAAGCAUGAGAUGACACUGAAAUUUGGUCCAGCCAGGACCGACUCUGUCAUUAUUGCAGACCAGACACCUACUCCCACCCGCUUCCUAAAGAACUGCGAGGAGGUUGGUUUGUUCAACGAGCUGGCCAGCUCCUUCGAACAAGACGACGAUGACAAGAGAGCAAAGAACUCUCUCCCUGCUCCCAACUCUGUGGCUGUGGACAUGAGUAUGCAGUCACAAUCAGACGUGAAGGUGAAAGAGGAGGCACCUGUAGACGGUGACUCCUUGCCACCAAGCAGUCCUGAAUCUAUCUCUGAAGAGUCAGACAUAGAGCCCCUGGUUAAAGCAAAGGACACACCACCCAGGAGUUCAGCCCCCACCCCGACUAUUGUGCGUCCAGGUUCCCUCCCACUACACUUGGGCUUUGAUUCCCUUCAGCCCACCAUGCCGUCACCCACAUCUGUCAUCACACAGGCACCACCUUCCAAUCGGACUCUGGGUUCACCAACCAGCCACUACCCUAUGAUGAUGCUUCCCUCUGGUCAGGCAGUGCCUGUGCUCCCUGGUCCGGUACAGAUGCAGUCUGUCAUCAAUCUGGCCCGACCCAUGUGCAUGGUACCCAACAUUCCUGGGAUCCCCGGUCCUCCUCUGGGAGGCAGCAGCAGCGGCUCUAACUCCCCCUCUGGCUACAGCAUCCACUCAGAGGCCAAGAUGCGUCUGAAGGCUGCACUGUCCCAGCAGAGCCCGUCAGGACACAGCAUGGGGGUCAUGUCUAUGGGUGGCAGCCCCAUGGUACCUCAGAGGGCAGAGCAGAGCCAGCUGCUCGUCCAACAUCCAGAUGCUCCAUCACCUGCACAACCUCAGGUAUCUCCAGCACAGCCUACAGGUGGGCGUCGGCGGCGGACGGCAGACGAUGACCCAGAUGAGCGAAGGCAGCGUUUCCUCGAGAGGAAUAGGGCCGCGGCAUCGCGCUGCAGACAGAAACGCAAACUGUGGGUCAGCUCCCUAGAGAAGAAGGCUGAGGAGCUCUGCACCCUGAACGUCUCACUGUCGAAUGAAGUGUCCAUGUUGCGAAACGAGGUGGCUCAUUUGAAGCAGCUGCUACUUGCCCACAAGGACUGUCCUGUGACCACCCUACAGAAGAAGACUGCCUAUUUAGCUGCAGAGGAAAGCAUGAAAGACACCUCAGAGCCUACAGGUUCCCCUGCCCCGGUGAUCCAGCACAGCUCUUUGGCGCACAGCCCUUCCGCGGGGCACAACGGCCUGAGCUCAAGGGCAGCAGCUGAGGCCAUGGCAAUGUCUGUGCUGGCAGGAAUGGGCCAGCAGCAGCGGGCUGAGAGUGGACCCUCUCACAUUAUCAUGGCUGCACAGUCUCAAUCUGCUGCCAGAUGAUGAGCGAUGCCACCACGGCCCAGACUUGGCUCGCACUCGUCAACCAGGGGUAAAAAAGAGCAGCGGACAACCCCCUCUCCCUUCCCCACUUUCCCCAAUCUAGAAGUCCAGAUUUCUCAUCUUCCCCUUCGCCCUUUGCUGUGCUACUCUGCUCUCUCUGACCCUCCUGCGGAGCCAUCAUGCUGUGGCCUGGAGCUUAGCAGCAGCCUUCUGGGAAUGGACUGAGACUUUUGAGAGAGCUUCCUGUUCACUUUGCCAUAGACUACAGGGGCUGGACUCCAACCUCCCAUCCUCGUUUUCCCCCUUCUGUGCUUCCCCGCUCAUCUCUCCUCACCCUCAGUCAAAAUGACUCUUCACUGGACUGUAGGACUGCAUCGCUCCAAGUGUACUGCCAUAAUGAACUUCCCAUGUGGGCACAUGUGCACAGUUUCUAACACACAGGUGUUGCAUAAACAUUCUCGAUCAAAUCAGAUACCAAACAACACGCAGGGCUGUACACUGUUUUCAGCAGGGAAUAGUGCCUUGUGCGCCUCGACGUUUUAGCCAUGCACACACACACCCACACAUGCCAUCACAGCAUACGUCCCUAUACAUCCUCGGCUCCGGAGAUGCAGUAGGUGUCUAGACGUCAGUGACUCAGAUCUCAAACACUCACCCAAACCUUUUGUAAAUGGUUCCACCUGACGGUGAUCUCAACAUGGACCCAAAAACCUUACCUCAGUUACUCCCCUUUAUGAUAAAAUUGCUAAACUGUGUGUGUGAUUAGCUCUGUGCGUAUAUAUUUAUGUACAUCAGAACAUAGCAGUUUGCCUAUUCCUAAUCUGAUACGUUAAUAGCUGGAUUGUUAGCAUGUGACUUUUUCUAUUAGGGUGUUAUUUUCUUGAUACAGCUAUGUGCAGCUAUAUUCUUUUAAUUAAUCCUCCCAGAUUAGUCCUCAGAACCAAAAUACGUUGCAUUGACAGUGUAUUUACCUUAAAAUUAGUUUGUUUGAGCGAUUUCUUUUUUUACCUGAAGGGAAUUCAACCUCUCCUCCUCACUUUCCUCUGAAACAGGCAGGUUUUUGCUGUUUGUCGGUAUGUAAGUGGACGCCUUUUCCAUUUUAUAUGAAAGUAUUCUGGUGUUUCUCUGUGUGGGCCCUGGACUUACUGUAACUGUUAUUUUCACACUUCUCAGGAUGGUUGCACAUCCUUGCUGCUCGUUGGAAGUGCGAUGAACCCCUUAGUCUCUCUGCUCUUUACCAAACCUAAACUAAGCCAUAAUGACCACAAAUCAGAUUAUCUGAAUUUCCAAAGACCACCGCGUGUCGUUACGGUGGCAGGAAGUAAAACGCCUGACUGUUAUUUUGUGAUUCAGAGGUCACAGUGACACAAUCUCCAGUAUAUCACUGCUUGUCAACUUGCACUUACACUCACACACAAUGUCUGAUGAUUUUUGCCUUAAGAUCACAUUAGUGCCUCCGAUAUCCCCAAAAAAGAUUUGCUCAUGUGAGAAACAAAGGAGCCUUAGGAAAUAUAUGUCUUAAUUUGUUAAUUUCAUCAAAUGAUAAACAAAAUAUUCACUCGUUGAAGAUUUUUCGAAGCCUUUAAAAUUAAUGGUUAUUUUAGCCAUUAGUCUCUUUUCAGGGACGUGAAAAGAUCCAAUACUUGUCUGUCAUCUGGUGGAGAGACACAGCAAACACAUCUUCACUGGUAAAGGAGUGAGGGGAAAAGAUCAGAUCCUGUUCUUUAGAAACCCCACCCAGAUGUUUUACUAAGAUAUCAGUAUAUUUUUUACAGAAAAACCUAAAUAAGCAGUUUGCUUUUCUUGUUCCUUGUUCCUGUACACGUUUCUCCCUCAGUUGGUAUAACACGAUCAUAUAUUUGCAAGAUGUGAUAUUUCAAAAACAAGAUAUCUGUCCAUUAACAUAAGGGCAUGUCUUUAUGCACUAAAAUAAUACAAGUUUAUUGUUGCUUUGUAUUUCUGUUCUUUUGGUUUUUGCAGUUCUCGCAGUCUUUUUCAGAGAUAUCAGAUCCUUUUUUAAGAAAAUCUAUUUUCUCUUAUCUGUACUGUAUAUGUUAAUGGGAGUUUGCUCAGCAACUUUAAAACCUUUUCACCUUUUGACUGAACCUCUUGUCCUACAGUCCCAAUGGCGACCCCCGGCAUUUUGUUGUAUUUCGGAGCUGGCGCUAUAUUCGGCUGGCAGUCCCUUAUAGACGAUUGUUCAUAUGAAAUGAAAAGUCAAACUAUAUUUAGCUUUCAUGUUUUCAUGUAAUUCAUGUCAUUGGCACCUUUUCUGUCAUUGUCUUCUUUUGUCCUGUGCUAUUUUCAGCACUAUACAACCUUUGUCAUAAUGCUUCUGAUUGUACUGAUGAAUAUAGAAACUAAUUUCUUUAACACAGAUUUCUCUUUUGUUUGGUUGGUUUCUCUACAGAAAAAAUGUCUUUUUCAAAAAGUGAUUUUACCCCCCGUUGUUUAACUCUAAAGAUGAAUUUGGUUGUCUUUUGACUGUCCUAACUUAUUUUUGUAAUUGGUCAACUAACAAUCGUCAUCACAGUCUUUGGCAUAUUGAUGUUACCUAGAAAUGUUGUGAAAAGAGCAAUUUAAUGAAAAAUGCAACCAUGUGAAAGUUGCAUAUAGUGUAUUAAUGGUUUUUCACACUCCCAUUGUUGGACUGAUGAUUUCAAAAAUUGUCCUUGUACUGUACAUAUCUGUACUAUAUGAAUAUAUUUACUUUUCCAUGCAUGUCCAAGUGGAAUACUAUGAACACUUACAGUGCUGCAGUUUUAAUUAAAGAAACUACAUCUUAAUGAA